AUGGUCCGUUUUGUAACUGCCGGGGAGUCCCACGGCCAAGGCUUGCUCAUAAUUGUCGAAAAUGUGCCCGCCGGAUUGCCUAUUGACGAAGACUAUAUCGGCGUCCACCUGGCCCGCCGACAGAAGGGCUACGGGCGCGGCGGUCGGAUGCUCAUCGAGCAGGACUGGGCGCACAUCAUCUCCGGCGUGCGCCACGGGACGACGCUGGGCAGCCCCAUCGGUAUGCGCAUCGAAAACCGGGACUGGGCCAACUGGGAAGAGGCCAUGUCGGUGCGCCCCAUCGAGGGCGAGCCCCAGAGCCCCCGCAGCCAGCGCGUCACCCGCCUGCGCCCCGGCCACGCCGACCUGCCCGGCGCCAUGAAGUACGGGUUCAACGAUGUGCGCAACGUGCUGGAGCGAUCCAGCGCCCGCGAGACAGCCGCCCGCGUCGCUGCCGGCGCCGUGGCCCUCCGCCUGCUGGAGGAGUUCGGCAUUGCUGUCCGCAGUCACGUCUUGUCCAUUGGCAGCAUACGUGCUGAACCCGCCGCCGAGAUCGACUGGCAGGCCGUGGAGGACUCUCCGGUUCGCUGCGCCGACUCCGAGGCCGCUGAGCGUAUGACCGCCGAGAUCGACGCCACCAAGGACGCCGGUGACACAGUGGGAGGCAUCGUGGAGAUCAUCGCCGAGAACGUCCCUAUCGGCCUUGGCUCCCACGUGUCCUGGGACCGCAAGAUUGAUGGCCGUGUGACCCAGGCGCUCAUGUCCAUCAACGCCGUAAAGGCGGUGUCCAUCGGCCCCGGCUGGGACAUCGUCCACAAGCGCGGCUCAGAGGUCCAGGAUGUAAUCGAGCCGGUAACCGACCCAGACCGACCCUGGCAGCGACGCACCAACAACCUCGGCGGCACCGAGGGCGGAAUGACCAACGGGAUGCCGCUGACCGCCCAGUUCGCCAUCAAGCCUAUCGCCACCCUGAUGCACCCGCUACCCUCUGUGGACCUCGACACUGGCGAAGAGGUACUGGCCCACUACGAGCGCUCCGACAUCUGCCAGGCUCCGCCGGCCUGCGUCGUCGGCGAGGCCAUGGUGGCACUUGUGCUGGCCGAGGCCUUUAUGGAAAAGUUCGGCGGGGACUCUGUCUCCGAAACCCGCCGCAACUUCGAGGGCUACAUCAAGACCGUCGGCCCCGUCUGGUCUACCAGUAGCCAACUCCUGUCUCGCGACACCCAGUCCCCAACUCCUCCUCAGGGGGAGGGCGGCGCCAUCGAGAAUCGCCGCACGUCCCCGGACAAUUCCAUGUUGGCAUUUGCGAGUCGUGUAUGA